GCGAGGCCCCGCCCACCCCCGAGCAGUAACGGCCGUGCGCGAGGGCCGAGGCGCCAAGUUUUGAAUGUGGACGAUCCGCCAUGAGCCAGCAACUCUUCAGUCAGAUCGUGCGGGUGGUUGUUCGGUGUAAAGACUGCGAAGAAAGGAGAACAACUAUUCGAGUAACUGUUGAGCUGCAUUGUGCAUCUAAUCCUGUUUACAAAAAGGAUUUGGUAGUCCGGUUAACAGAUGAUAUAGAUCCAUUUUUUCUUUAUAACUUGAUAUUAACAGAAGAAGAUUUUCAGAGCUUAAAAAAUCAGCAGGGACUCUUAAUAGAUUUUUCUGCAUUCCCACAAAAGUUUAUAGACCUUCUACAGCAGUGCAUCCAAGAGGAGAACAAAGAUGUUCCAAGAUUCUUGCUGCAGUUAGUUUCUUCAGCACCACUGUCUAACUAUACAGCUGCCUACCUAAAUGUUGUGGAAACCAAUCAUUUCAAACACUUGAAUCACCUUUCUUUAAAAUUGCUGCAUGGAACAGAUGUGGAAAUAAAGAAAUACUUAGCUAGCUGUUUAAAAUGUAUAAAGGAUGAAAAGUUGUUGUUGGAACAACAGCUUAAAAAAAUCAAUGAAGACUUUACCAGACAAUUAACUUGCACACAAAAGGCAUUGUCAGAAAAGAGUGGUGAACUGGACAGAUUGCGAAUUGAAUGGACAACGCAAACAGCAUCGAUAAAUGGCCAGUAUUCUCAAGAACUAACAACUGAGAGAGAAAAGUUACACCAGGCUCAGUCGCAAUGGCAGCAGCAAUUUGAACAGCAGAAGAGGGAGUUGGAAACUGGUCACAGGAGAAGCCUUCAGCAAUUACAGACCAGUCUAACAGAGCUGGAGACUGUAAACAAAGAGCUUACUGAAAGGCGAUUCAAAGCAGAAUGUUUCAUCCAAGAAAUUAAAGCAAAACUUUCAAGCUCCGAAAAUGAAUGUCACAGAGCAAAACAAGAAGUUCAUUCGUUAUGUCGGGAGAAUUCAAUGCUUGAUGCAGAAUGCCAUGAAAAGGACAAGUUGACUAACCAGCUGCAAACUCGUGUUGCUGUUUUACAGCAAGAGAUCAAAGACAAGGACCAGUUGGUGUCUAGAACUAAGGAAGUAUUGGAAGCUACUCAGGAACAAAAGCUAUCAUUUGAAGAAAACCUAGAGAAGAAGCAAGUUCAAGUGGAGCAACUGGAAGCCACUGUGAAGUCUCUGUCAGAAGAGCUGCUUAAGGCUAAUAAGAUUAUUAAAAAGUUACAAGGGGAUAUGAAAGCUCUAAUGGGGAAACUGAAACUUAAAAAUACUGUCACAAUACAACAAGAAAAACUGUUAUCAGAGAAAGAAAAUCAAUUGCAGAAAGAGCAGAGAGAACUACAGGAAGCUCAACAGUUAUUACAGCUCAAAGGAGAAGAGGUAUCAAAAUUGCAAGAGCAAUUAGAAGGAACAAUGAAGAAAUUAGAGGAAAGCAAGGAGCUCCUCAAAACAAAUGAAAAUGUGAUUACAUGGCUCAACAAACAACUUAAUGAAAAUCAAAUGAUGAGGAGGCAAGAAAUAAUGGGAACAUCUGGAAUAAGUUCUGCUUCUGGAAGCAAUGGUCUCUUCAAAAGAGGAACAGUACAACCCAAUAUAUCGGAGAAAAAUCCUUUUUUAAUUGCUUCUGGAGCCAACUAUCCAGUUACCUCUGUGACAUCAUCUUUUGCACACCAGUUUUCAGUCAAUGGUGUGAAGUCACACCAUGCUAUGUCACGUGAGCACAGCUUGGGACCAAAGGUUCAGAUUAACUCUCAAUAUUUAAAAUCAAGUACACCAUCAAUGAUAUCAAAACCAAAACUUCCAGUGGGAUUAUGCACAGCUCCUUCAUCAGGCAAAGAAAACAAAGUUGGUGCUUUAGAAUCAAAGUAUUUUAAGCAGCGACAAGACAGCAUCCCUCUGCGAGGACUCUCUGCUCAUCACAAUACCUGUUCAGAACACCAGAAAUCAUUCCCAUCUACAAUAGGAGCACAAACUACAAAAUCUGGACUACUCCCUCCAGCUUCUGCCUACUUCUGUGGACAAGAAUCAGAACCAUCCUGAUCCUGAAGUAACUUUUGACAGUGGGCUCACCGGUCCUAAAAAGUACUGAGACAAAAUUUAGACAGUCUAACAUUUGGACUGAUUAGAAUUGCAGUGAUCAAUUUCUUCAAAGCUAACGAUUGAAGCUAUAGUUGAAGCUUUUGCUGUAAGCUAUAAAUCGCACAUGCAAUUUGAAAAGAAUGUGCUUGGCAAUUAUGGAGAAACCCAUAAGGAAUAAAUUACCAUUGGCUCAUGAUAAGGAAAGGUUUUUUUAUAUGUGUAUAUUUAUUAUUGCCUCUUGAAAUGCGGCAUAAAGUUUCAAAAUUUGUCGAUGAUACCAAACUUGGAGAUGUAGUAAACAGUGAAGACAAUACCAAUCGAUUGCAACAGGACCUAGGCUGGCAGGAUGGGAAGGCAAGCGACAAAUGGAAUUUAAUACAGGGAAAUGAGGUGGUGCAUUUUGUUAGAAGAGGUAGGGAGAGGUAGUAUAGACUCAAAGGCACAGUACUAAUGAUUGUGUAGGUAUAGAGGGACCUGGGGGCACAAGGCUUUUUAAAAAAAAUUGUUCAUGGGAUGCAGUUGUUACAGGCCAGGCCAGCAUUUCUUACUUAUCUCUAAUUGCCCUUGGGAAGGUGGUUGUGAGCUGCCGCCUUGAACUGCUGCAGUCC